AUGAACGAUAUCAGACGCCAGGGGCCGAAGAGUGACCUCAGGUUGGGAAGGAAUAUGGUUGGCCACCAAUCAGUGGCUUUAACAGCGAGUAAGAGCACAUCGCCGCAAGAGGUUGGCUGUCCGCACGGCCCAAGACCAGACGAAGCCGCGAAACGCAUGCUUAACACUCCAAAGACCCCAGAUCAUGACCCUGCGGUUGUCCCCAACAGGGUCCUCUCGGCGCCCCUUAGAGACCGUACGCGAUUGACGGCCCCGCCAUUAGAUGAACUGAGCCCAUUCAACUACCAUCUGCUCCAAGUUAUCUAUCGUACAGGCUUUGAUACCAUAUUUAGCUCCAGGAUGAGCAGAUACGGCUGCCCAUUUCUCUCUGAAAGCAGUGACGGGGAGGAUUACACUAGCAUUUCGGACGUUUGUAAGCGCUUAGAUCUGUGGAUGGCAGAGAUGUCGCAGCAGGAUCCAGCCCGGGCGUGGAAUGGUUAUUUUCAAGAACAAAGUGUAGAAGAUACUCUAGAAGCCGAGUCUCUUCGAAGCACCAUUGCCGCAUUUUCGGCGAGAUGGUUACCACUUGCGUCUCAAACUCCAGAUGCAACGCUGCAUUGCCAGAGCAUUAUACACGCCCUUUGGCGUCAUGCGCGCCGAGAUAUGCUUCGGGUGAUCAAUCGCCCGUCUUACCAGUCAAUGCUUGCACUCUUUUUGUUUGCCUUGACGCCAGUCCCAGGUGGAAUUUCGGAGGAAGAAGAGGCUGAUGGGAUCUGUGGCCAGCUUUGUAUUCAUGCUGCCCUGCAGCAUAUACAGACUCUCCGGGCCUGGCAGCGGAGCCUGCAGUUCAAUGGAACUAGAGUCUCAGAGCCCAUAAAAUCUAUGGCAGUCCCGCCCAUCCCGCAGACAGUCAGGGAGACAGACUUUAUCACCGCUGAGAAUAUAGCAUAUUGGGCGGCACUGACCUUUGAUACAUCCGCCUCCCUCACCCUUAGCUGUCGCUCGCUACUUUCCUCCGGACUUUUCGGCUUUGAGGCGGAGCUACCAUGGCGUCUAGCCCGUGCUGGAGCUACUAUAUUUCAAAGCAAGUUGGAGGAUUGGCAGGAGCAUGGCACCUACAACAUAACAGACAAAGAAGCAAACCAUAUCAUAGCAAGCGCGAUGGGAUGGAAGCUUCUGGUGUGGAAAUUGACAGCGGUUUUUAAGGAAGCGUUACGGGAUGGUCAUGAUGAAUCUGAAAUUCAAAGAGUGUUCUCCUUGGUCGUUGGGGCUAUACGGCAGUUUAACGCUACCUACCGGCAGCCUUUGGAGGCAUGCCAAAGCCGUAUACUGUUUCUUGGACAGCACACCAAGUUACGCUGGUACUCACUGAUGCUCCACUAUCAUCUCGGUAUAUUGUUGCUGGCCAACUUUAUUGAGGCUACAGAUCGUCUAGAAUUGCUUACCGACAUCGAAGAGGACAAUGCGCAGGCAGAGGGUGUAAUUGUGAACAUGUUGACGUUUGGUCUUCACAACACGGUCACUUUGGAUGUCAAGGUAGAUUCCGGCUCUCUUGACGCUGUUCCGAUUACUCAGAUAUCCAUCACUGUUCCUCUAAUCUCCAUCGAUCCCUAUCCGCAUCAUAUCCUCGCUGUCGUGCAGCUAGUUCAGAAGGCCGUCGACCGAGAUCUGGCAAGCAGAAAGAUCAGCCAAAGUGCUCACGACAGCCUACAAGCGAUUCUGGAGAGGACGUUGGAUCAUCUUCCCCAGAGUUCAAAAUCGGUGAAAAAAGUCAAAGACACCAUCUUCUCCAAGGGGCUGCACUAUGCAGGGGGGCAAUUCCCGAUGCCAUUUUCCGUUUGA